GCGGGAAGCACCACGGACUUCGUCUCGGCCGCGGCGCGCCUUCCGCAACACACUGAUCUUCUGCUGGAGGAGGCGGGGGCGCCGCCACGAACGCAGGUCGGGCGCGCCCAGCACCCGGGCCUCAGGCCCCGCCUCCGCGCCCGCCUCCGGGGGCCUCGCCCGGGCGGGGGCGCGCGCGCCGGCCUGGAGACCGAGCCGGCCCGGCAGGCGCUGCGCGGGCAGCAUGGCGGCGCCCGGCGAGCAAGGGCGCUUCCGUGGUGGGAGCUUCUUCUCCUUCCUACUCGGCGGUGCUCGCUCCGAGAUGGACGACCUGGGGACGGACGCGCGGGGCCGGGGCGCGGGGCGGAGAGAUGCCACCGCCUCGGCGCCGACGCCAGCCCGGGCCCCGACCUCCGACUCUCAAGUCGCGGAGGACACCUCCCGGCGGCGGCCCUGCAGGGCCUGCGUGGACUUCAGGGCGUGGAUGCGGUCGCAGCAGAAGGUGCAGCGGGACAAGUUUAGGGAAGAUUGCCCUCAGGAUCGCGAAGAACUGGGCCGCCACAGCUGGGCUGUCCUCCACACCCUGGCUGCCUACUACCCCGACCUGCCUACCCCAGAAGAGCAGCAAGACAUGGCCCAAUUCAUACACUUAUUUUCCAAGUUUUACCCGUGUGAAGAGUGUGCUGAAGACAUAAGGCAGAGGAUAUGCAGGAACCAGCCAGACACACGCACGCGGGCCAACCUCACCCAGUGGCUAUGCCGUCUGCACAACGAGGUGAACCGCAAGCUAGGCAAGCCAGACUUCGACUGCUCGCAGGUGGACGAGCGCUGGCGUGAUGGCUGGAAGGAUGGCUCAUGUGACUAGAUGGUGGCACUGGGGCCUGUGGGGCCUCUGGCCAGGGCCCACUGCACGUGGCCCAGUGGGAGAGGGAUGGGGCCCUCAUUAAAGUGUGUAGAGCCCAAGCCUAUGUCUCUUAGUCUGAGUCCCCAGCCACUGGCCAAGUAGACACACCCACUGCACCCACCCUGAUAGGCACGCUGAUGACCUCCUCCUCAGCGGAGGACCUGUGGGACUGCAGGUGAAGGAGGUGGGAGCAGCUCAGGCUGUCUGUUCCAUUCAGGAUACAGCCUCCUACUCGCACCACACCCUGGUGUCCACUUACUGCACAGGAAGGCGACAGGCCUGGCUUGGCUCCCCUGCCCUGCAUUGUGUCCCCAUGUAGCUAGCAACAGCUGCAGGGACUGUAGCCUGCAAGCCUGUGUGCUGUGUGCACUUCAGGGAGAACACACCGACCCUGCCACUUGCGCCCUGUUGGCACAUGUCUUCCACAGCUGUACCACAGCACCUGUCAGGCUUCAUGGGGCCACCUUCCUCAGGGCGUUGAGAAGAAAAAAUGCUGGAGAAGUGACGGGGGGCCUGGCUUCAGCCUGUGUUUGUUUCGGGACCUACAGUGGUGGGCGGGGCUUGCCCUUGCCCCUCUGUGCUCAGCUGCUGCUGCGGGUCUGCAUUCCGGCUCCUCGGGAGCAGGGAGAGGUCCCAAGGCAGAAGUGGACAUUCCAGGAACAGCAAGGAGACCAAGCUUCUGGAGCUGAGAAGUGAGGGGAACUCAAAUGGCACGAGGUCUUUGAGGCCCCAGCAAGGAUGUGGUUUCUAACUCCAGCUCCUGUGACAAGGUCUUAGAGGAUUCGGAGCCCAGGAAUGGUGAGGUGUACUUCUGAAAGGUCCCUCCAGCUGCUGAGCUAGAAUGAGGCAGCAUGGCCAGGCACCAUGUGGCCGAGAAGCUGCUCUGGGCAAGGGCCAACCCUUGGCAUGGCCCCCUGUGCACCUGCAGCACCUGGCCCCACAGGGGAGCUGCCUUUUUCCGGAGGGGCCAGGCGCCCAGCAGAGAAACUGCGGCCUUGCCCCAGGUGAACUGUUCCUGGCCCAGGGCUGCUCUCUGGCCUUUCCCGAGUCACCCGUGUGCUGGGGAAGCAGCCAGCUUCUCUGACAGAGCUGUGGUCAGCGCGGGACCACCCCCGCCUUUACCCCUGGCCCUCCCGCCCGGCCUCACUUCCCUGUUCCCUGACUCUGCCUUUCCUGAAGUUUCCACCCCACCCCCAAUAAAGCUCAACUUUGCCUCA